UAACGGACAGGAGGGGGUGUGAGUUAACCGACGACAACGCCGUGGGUCUCCGCAACCGCCUUGGCUCCAACGUUGCUGCAAGCUGGAGGAUCUACAGCCAAAUCCCGAGCAUUUUACUGACUUUAGCGAAUACUAUCAGCCUCGGUUUUUCACGGAUGUAACUACGGCUUACUCUGCCUGACUCAAAGACAGCUCUACCCCUUGUCCUCAGUGACAAUCGUCUGACUUCAGUGACUGUCGAUCAUCGUCGGGGACAACCUCACCAGUUCGACUAUAGUAUUUUCAUUGACGAUCUUAUAGUAUAACUACUAAUUUUAUUUACAGCUUCCCAAUCAAGCCUUGCAAGUCCGUCAAGCUAAGUCUACCAAAUUAAGUGACGUCUAUAAAUCCUGGCGAUAGGCUAUUUCAGCAUAUCUACCCAUCCCUCUGUUUAUAUCAGAGUGGCAUUCUACUAACCUUGGUAUUAUUCAAACAAGCCAACAAUAUUCUAACUUUACCAAUCUUAGUGACAAUUUCAGUUUCAUAUCUAGCAACAUCAGUACCAAUUCACUACUUCUAAAGCACUUCACUUUCAACUUUCAAUUUUACCAAAAUCUUUGACAGUUUCCGGUUUUACUAAUCUGAUCAUCUCCUGAGAGUAAUUCCAACCAACAAACCUCGGCAUUGCUCCAUUAACUUAAGUUUACACUAUCAUUCACAACAAAAUUGUGCCAAAUUCAGUAAUAUUACUUACCUUAGAAGAACUCUAUCCUUAUUGACGCUAAUAAUCAGAACACCAUCAGUUUCAAUUGUAUUAUCUACAGUACAAAGGGAGAGGGAACUAUUUAUAAUACCAGCUGGUAUGAGGGCUAGGAAGGAACGCUGUCGCGUAGGUAGAGAAUUAAAAUAGUAUCAUGUUAGGGAUAGUGCUGAGAAAAAUGAUUUUAGAAAGUCUAUGAGCGGACGCAGGCGGGAAUCUCAAGAGAUUUGAGCGUACUUUGGGAAACCUUGGGUAGAAAGGAAAAUGUUGAAUGGGGUGGGCUGCUAAAUUGACGAAGGAUUCUACAGGAACUCAUUACAUCUGUUCAAAGCAACAAAGAUAUAAGCAGAGCAAAACUAUGUAAAAAAAGAAGAUGGCGAAUAAUGACAAGAAGCUAAAGGAAUAUUCUCAUAGAAAUCAGAAACUGGCUUCCCCUAGAGUAAAACAGGGCAAGCAAAAUAAUGAGGAAGCCAAUUUGGAAGAGCAAAUGAAUGCAAAUAUUAACCUAAGCAAGUAUAAUUUGAAUGAUUUGCAAGAAUUGCUUGCCACAGCCACCUGCAGCUGGCUUCAGCCUAUUGAAGAAUUUCAGUAUCCAAUCCAAUUCCCCACUGGAUUGUCAAGCCAAAUGAAAGACUUCAAUUUCUCUAACGCUAUUGUUCUCGCUCCAGUCGUACCAAAUGCUCCAUUUAAUUAUAAAGAAUUCCAUCAAAUCUUGAGGGAAUUAGUGAUGGGUAUUUAUGUUAUGAAUCAACUUCCAUCUAUUUAUAUAGAUGGCAACUUUGAUCAUAGUUCUUCAUGCCUUCUGUCACCUGCUUAUCAUGAUACACUAAUUGGGCAAAUGCUGAUAAAUGUGGACUACACAAUGAAAGCACUGUGGCAUGGAGCUUACAUGCCAAAGGAAAAAAGGGUGCUCUUUUCAGAAUCCUGGCGCUCCAAUAUCAAUACCAGUUCUGAUGGAACUCCUGAGACAAAGGAAAAUAUAUUUUCUGAGUUUCUUAAAGCAGGACUUAUAGAUAUUUCAACUGAUCAUGAUUUUGAAGGAAUCUACAGUACUGAUGUACACACUGAUCCAACAUAUGAUCCCAACAGUUGUGCAGAGGUGGAGUUAUUUAUGAAAUAUGUGAACAAUGUUCUACUUCAAAUCAACCCCUACAUCAUAAGUGUUAAGCAACAUCAAAAUUUGUUCACAUAUGAUGCAGAUUUUGUUCUUGAUAAUGCUGUUAGACUUACAGAAGAAGAAAUUGAUCUAGUAAAAUAUCAGAGACUACAGCAGAGACUGAUUCUUCACAAGAAGCUUGUUGAGAAGUAUCUGACAAGAAAAGCAGAGAUCCACAGAGACAUCACUUAUCUCAAGUUAAUUGCCUUCCUUGUGCCAUUUUUUAUUGCACUAAAAGAAAAAAGGAAAAUUCCAGAUUUGAGCAGACUUCUACCUCCAUUUUCUGAUGAAAAGUUAAAAACGGAACGUGAGUUUCCACCCCUUCUUCUGGGCCCAGGCUUCAAAUGUAGACAUUUUCAAUACAAAACAAAUGAAUAUUUCCAUUUGCAUGGUGGAAUUGAAUUUGAUAUAGGAACUCCUGCAAUUGAUGAUAUGCCUAGUGCUAUAAAGUUUGCCUUUGAUGAUAUCCAUUCCCAGGCUGUGCACUAUCUGAAACAAUUAUUCAAUCCUGACAUGUUACUCAGAGGCCAAUAUAGCAUACCAAUUAUGCAGUUUGAUGGGAAAAGUUAUUAUGUAAUCUGUAUAGAACUAGAAAAUCUUCAGACAACUCAGAAGUUUCAGUGGUGGAGAGCUAUGAGUGAAGCAGUUCAUAAGCUCAAAUCUAGCAAACUACCAUUAAAUGAGGACCAGAUAACUGAACGGCUAAAGAAAAAAUUUGGUCCUAAAAAAGCUGCAAAAUGCAAGAAUUUGCCCUUUGGUCUACUAUCCGUAACUGACAGUGGACUUGCUGCUGUCCUUUAUUCAUAUUGUCAGCAAAAUCCAAUGUCACAGCUUGGAGUUGUGGAUGAAACUGGCUAUGGACUUGUUCAUCAUGCUGCAAUACAUAACCAUGUGCCAAUUAUCUGUCAGCUGACCACAAUACGUCUGAAAUUCAAUCAGCCUCGCAGUGAUAGUUUUGUGAAUUCAGGUCAAAUGGGUUUGCAUUUGGCAGCAAAGUGUGGUUCACUUGGUGUUCUGAAUUGCCUGAUGGCAUUGCGGGCAGAUCAUACCAUGACGGAUGCACGAGGGUGGACAGCAAUGCACUUUGCCGCAUAUUUUGAUAACAUUUCCUGCAUUAGAGCUCUGCAUGGAAAGGAUCCCAGACUGUUAGAGCUAGAGACAUCAGCUGAAUAUCAUGCAAGUCCAUUAUUACUUGCUACAAUGGCUGGUGCAUUUGACGCACUUCAAUAUCUACUAUCUCUAGGAGCCAAUAUAUUAAAGACUGACAGUGAAGGGAAUAAUAUUGUUCAUUUAGCAGCACUCUACUUCAACACUAAUAUUUUCAAAUUCAUAAUUGAGCAGAAUAUCCCAGAGCUAGAUGUUUGGAAUCUUCUUAAAGGGAUGUUGGAGAGCAAAGACUAUCGAAAACAGGAAAUGGGGGCAAGAUCACUUGAGGUUCUGAGUGUGAUGAAAAAGCAGUACUGGGAAGCAAUUCAUUCUACAGGUAGCAUUCGUCCUCUUAUAGAUCUGUUGAAGAGUAACCAUGAGACACUACAAUGUAUUGCUUCUGCUGUGCUGUGUAAUCUCUCCAUCUAUCUACCAGCCUGUGGAUCACUUAUUAAUUCUGGGAUCAUUCCAGUUCUUAUUUCGUUACUGUACAGUCAACAGCCAGAGCUUCAGUCACGUUGUUCUGUCAUUCUAUGUGAUAUUGCCCAGAUUGACAACAAUGCCAGUCUAAUUGCUUCCCUUGGUGCAAUUCCUCCGCUGGUGAAAAUUUUAAAUUCUGAGAUUGAAGGUGUGCUUAUCAAUGUAAUUAAAUUCAUUCAGAUAUUAUGCACCAACAAUCCAAACAAUCAGACCUUAGUAGCUAAGGAAGGAGCGAUUCCUCUGUUGGUGGAGCUUUUAAAUGUCCCAUCAGAAGAUCUGGUGAGCUAUGCUUCAGUUACUUUGGCUGAAAUUGCUCGUGGAAAUAGAUUGAAUCAGGAUACAAUUGCAGCUGAAGGGGCAAUUCCAUCUCUGGUAAAAAUCCUCAGUGGACGGAAAAUUAAGAUGCAAUUAAAGGCUGUAGCAGCAGUGGAGGUUUUAGCUGACAAAAAUGCUGCAGUACAAAAAGAAUUUCUUGCUUUGACUGCCGAUAAACACAUUUUGAAGCUUCUUAAGGUUUUUGAGAUUGAGAUCAGAGAACAGGCUGCAACAGCUAUUUGGGCUCUGGCAGGACAGACUUUGACUCAACGAACACGUAUGGCCAAGGAAAUUGGCUAUAAUUUGAUCAUUGAUCUUCUAUUAUCUUCAUCUGAUAAAAUGCACUAUGUUGCUUGCCAGGCAAUGAUUGCCCUGAGUGAGUGCAACAAGGAACAACAAAACAAAAUAUGUGCAAAAAAUGGAAUCCCUCCCUUGAUUCGACUUUUACGGAGCUCAAAUAUAUCUUUGCGCACAUUGUUGAGUGGCAUCACUGCCCUGGGUACUAUGUGUGUUGGUGUUGCACAUAAAAAUAAUCCAAUUAGUCAGCAGAAGAUUGUAGAAGAGGGCGGCAUAGAUGUACUUCUCUAUUUGCUUUUUUCAACACAUUCUCCCCAAGUGCAGGUAGAAGCAAUCUAUAGCUUGGCUUGCAUUAUGUUGGGAAACAGUGAACUACAGAAGUUGUUAAAGGAGAAAAAAGGCUUUAACUACAAGACUGUAUUGAAUCAUCUUAAAGCUGAUGAUGAAGAUGGUAUUUUAAGAGCAGGUGGUGCUUUAGCCCUCUGUGUGUUCAACAGUCCAAAACAGCAACUUCUGAUAAAUGAAUCUGGAGGCAUUCCUGCAUCAAUAUACCAGAAUUUUUUGCAAUCUGGGAAAGAAGUGGAUCAGGCCAAUGCCGCAUUUCAGAUGAUAAUACUAGCGAAGGUGAUCGUAGGUAUGGAUGAGGUCACACUAACAGCCACAGGCAUUGUAACUUUAGUUAAUCUUCUUAAGUCGGAAAAUUCAUUCACGAUUAUUGUAGUAGGUCAAUUGCUGUCUUCUCUCACACAAACUCGAGCAGGUAUUACUGAUGCCAUGAUUACAAUGGGAGCAGUGGAGAAACUUUGUCCACAUGUAUAUGCUGAGAUGGAAGAGGUCCGUGAGUCUUGUGCUACAGCCUUAGGAUACUUGAGUUUUAAUCGAGCUGCUCAUCGUCGUCUAUUGGUGGAAUGCAGGAAUCAUCCAGAAUUAUUUGACCUUUUAAUAUCUAACAUAAGUCCCGAUGGCAAAAUCUGCCAAGAGUUUAUAGAUGAAUUCAAUGUGCAAAAAUUAGUUGGCUUGCCAUCAGAGAGAUUGCAAUUAAUUGAAGGACAACUGGUUGUGGUCAGAGCAGAAGAGAAAGAGCGAACAAAAAUAACCACAUGUCCACGUGCAAAGAAGAAAGCUUUGGCUUUCUACUCCCACAUGAAACAGCCGUGA